AUGAAAGCUACAUCUAGCACUCAGUGUCAUGAUAGGAUGGAUGACGGUCAAAGUGAGUCCACGGCAGUUUCACAUGAAAUUACGCAAUUACCGGACUCGCAGAUUGAAUCAAAGAAGCCUAUCAUGGAUUGGCAACAAGCCACGAAUGCCAACACACUUUCUUUGCACUUUUAUUCCAAUGUAAAUAACUAUGUAGUAUAUUCACUUGAGCAACUGGAAACACAGAUCUGUCCAGGAGUAAUCAAAAUGGUCACACCUCAAGAAUAUGCACGUAUUCCUUUAGAACAGAAACAAAAACAGUUUGUGGAGACAGUGACAGCCAUAAGGGCAAUCAUCUGCAGAAAACUGUAUCGGGAUGAGGGAUACGACUCACUCCAGACCUACUUUCUAAGCAAGUGGGAUGUCUCUCGUGCACAAGUCUAUCGAUUGAUGGACUGUUGGCCCAUUCUUACUACCAUUUGCAAGGCUCAUGUGAUUCCAUACAAGGAACGACUGUGCCGCACACUUAAACAAUGCACCCGAUCACCUUCUGAGCUCGUACUGUUAUGGGACAACGUGAUCGGCUCUUGCGAUCCCGCAUUUGUCUCACCUAAAUUCAUAUUUGAUGUUUGGGAUCGUUUGCAAUCUACAUUGCAUACAUUUUUAGACCAGGACACUGAGUCAUCCGACACCGAUCCACUGCUCAGUAAGCCGGGUCCUCAUGAUGAUGUCUCCAAUGACGCUGCGACCUCAGAAAAAACUCAUCAAGCUGCUGCUGGCUUGACUCAAAGCUCAUCUGUAACCAAUGAAUCCUAUCCACCUUGUGCCAGUAGUCCUUCCAGUGCAUAUACGCUCAGUAAAACAAGCCAUACUUCCACUUCAUGCCAUUCAACUGCUGCCAAACCACUGCCUUUAAGCAGUGACCUGUUUUCCGAUUUUGAUGGCUCAACAUAUGACUGGAGCCAACAACAAACUGCCGUCAUAACAAGUCCUAUUUCAUCCCCAAGCUAUAACAUCAAUACCACGAGAAUUUCUAGCUGCAUUCAUGCUUCAGAUGAUCUUACUUUAUCCUCUCCAUUUUCGUCUCCCAUUACACCCAUAAAAAUCUCUACCCAGUCUGAGCCUUUUGAAUUCUUGCAAUCAUCUACAAGCAACUCUGUGGAAGUGGGUAAUGCCCAGUCCAUUCUCAUUGGUGGCAACCAUCAAUCUGAUAUUUCCACAACUAUUCCAAACGAUACUUCUUUUGAUCAAUUUUCAGAUGUAUCAAUCAAUCUACCAUUCAAGGAAGGAAUCGGAAGUUCCAUUCAACCCUUGAAUGUAUGUGCAGCCGUAUCCAUGGCUACUCCAUAUACAGAUCUACCAAAUCACAAUUCAAAUAGCUCGCCUUUGAAAUUCCAUACUACAGACAAAUUGAAUGACUCGUUCAUUUUUGAUCAUUUUACCGAUCCCGACGAACUUGCAAUACUAAAUCAAGCCAAUGACAUCACUGCUACUAUUGAGGGGUUCAUCGAUAUACCUUGUACUCCAAAAUCUAUCAAGCAUCCAACAGUGAUUUUGCCAAACCCCAUUGAAAAUCAUUUUGCCACAAGUCCAGGCAUGAUUGAUAGACGUCGUAUCCGACAUCCAUUUGACAAUAAUCAUCAGUAUGUGGCACAAAGGUUAUUCCAUUGUCAAUCAAAUGACAAUGCAUCAACUUUUUCUUUUUCAAAAGCUGGAUUAACAACCUGCAUUGCCUUGGGUGACUCGGAUCCAGUUGUAAACAGUCCCCAAUCUGGCAUGACCAGUAUUAAACUGCUGGAACCUUUUGAACCACAGAUCAAUCAACCUCUCAUGUUGUCAGCCACAGCUAAUGAAGAAUUCAUAUUCUGCGAUUUACAGGCUACAGAAUCACAAAGUCUAUUCGCUCAUCGCGACAAGCGUGUAUCUGUUCAUCCUCCUGAAUCUUAUUCUCUCACAAGUGCUGAAUCUGAUCCGCAUACCUUGAUGUCACCACCGCAUCGUUUUGAACUCAAUGGCAUGGAAUUGAGCAACAGUUUAACAGAGACCGACAGAAAAAUAUCUGGUCAAUUCCAAUCAUUAAUGCCAGCUUUGACCUUACCUUUAAAUGCUACACCAGGGCCAACCUAUCAAGAAAUACAACUCACACCAUCGCAGUUUCAGUCUACAGUACACUCGGAUGAAUAUAUUGAUAUUUGCUUGACUAAAGGGAGUUAUAAACAGAAAGGAGAUCCCUCGGCUUCAUUCAAUCCAUUUGCAUCCCUUCAAAGCACACCAUCUUCAUCGGAUCUGGAUAUGUGUGUCGCCAGACUUCGUAGUGCAUGGAACGAUGCUAUCAAUCUUGGCUGCUAUAUCCAGCCGUUUGUAGGUGCGGGCUGGCAUACAAACCAAAUCUUGAAUUGGCGUAUCAAAUUACCCGAAUCUAGAACCGUUUUGUAUCAUGAACCCCUUCAUCAGCUACCUGGUUACGCUCCUUUGAAUUCGGUUCCACUGUUUAAAAGCUUAGGUAGCUGCAACGAUCAAAACAGCACAGUUCCUAAUCUUGUGAGAUCGUGGUUUGUACCAGAUUCUCCCACAUCGAUAUCUCUCCAUGCGCAGCACAACACCUAGCCAUUUUACUAGUCCAGCUUUACUGGCAAAUUGCCAAAAUGCACUCUCGGAUACAACUUGUGGAACACACAAUCCGGUCGAUCAUUUUUGUACUAACCGUACUAAGUCAAUACAGCAUCAAAGAAGAUGAAGUUUAUCAGCGAAUCUCGAUACUAAGCACCACGGGUUGACUGAUCCAACUUGCUCAAUAACCUUUGACUUGAUCUCUUUGAUGUGUUUUCUAGCGGCUAUUCUAAUUUCUUGUAUUUGCACUCAACUUGCAUCGUAAAUUCAUGUCAAUGAACCACAACUCUACAACUUUCCAUGGCUUAUUUCAGAGUAAACUACGAAUGGGUUUGUUUUAGCUGGUCUUGACAAAUAAAGUGUAUUUUGAUGCUG